CACUGCACUGAGAGGGUUAAUGCAGUACAUUAUCACUGCAUGGAGAGAUAACAAGAUGGCAGUUUUCCCUUAUUGUAUUUAACGCAUUCUCUGUCCUCUCACCCACUCUGCCUGUGUGCCUCCUCUCCCCGUCUGUCAUUUUUGAAAAGGAAAAAGCGAUGCCUUUCUCGCUGGCUUUGAUGUGAGGAAGUUCUUCUCUAAUGCAAAGAGCAAGAAGCCAGUGAUGUAGAGAGAGAAAGAGGGAGGUGGGGGAGAAAGAUUUGCACCCUUUCACACUUCCUUUAGCUGUGCAUUUCAAGAUCAUUUUUCUGUCUGUUCCCUGCCACUUCUGCCACGUUCAUGGACAGCGAGGUGAUUAACAUCCUCCUGGCUCUGUUCCUGCUGGCUGUGGUGUCAAACUCCUACGUGACCACAAACCCAGCAACACUGCCACCGUCACCCUCUUCAUCCUCUGAGCCAUCUUCCUCUGCUUCCUCCUCUUCUCCCUCUUCCUCCCGGUCCCCACUUUGCUCGUGUGUCCCCGCACGCCCUGUGCCCAUUCGGUGCCCCCCCUGCCCCGCCCUCUCCCCGCCUCAGACCACCCUGCCCUCCCCAGCCACUCCCACACUGGCCUUCCUCAGCCUGAGGGGCAGGGAUGGCCCCUGCAGUGGUGUGGUCUACCUGUACCUGGGCCCCGCCCACUCGAAGCCGGUCUGUGAGGGCAGUUAUCUUGGGGGCCUGCAGCCGUGCCAGGAGGCCCGGUGUGGGGCCCGCCUGAGCCCGGGCCCCAGUGGCGGGGCCAAGGAGCCAGGAUUCCACAUCCUGGAUAGUGGGGCCAUCAGCAACAAAACCUGCAAAGUGCUGCAGAUUCAGUGCCAAGGGUCUGCUCUUGACUCUGUCAGUAGGGAGCUGGCUGCUUAUAAGGUAGUGACCGGGUUGCUGUGUGUUAUGGUUUUGGUCAUUGUCCUGGUCCGAUUCGGACCACACAUCUACACCACCGCCUGUAAGAGAUUGUUUGGGCGGAGGAAGAGGGAGUGGAUCGGACCGACGGAGAGCGUGUCAUUCAGGGUCCAGAGCACACUGUAUCCUAACAGCAAUGCUGACAAGAGGCUGUCAUACCCUGGUUUGGAACGAUUGACAGUGAACAACAGUAGAGAACCUUCGUCAAACCGCAACAGUGACUAUGAUUCUUACUGAACUUUGCGUAUCAUCACCAUCAACCUAUUCAUUAUUAGAUGUCAUUUUAUGUGUGUGUUUAUAUAAAAGAGUGGACUUUUCAAAAUAAAACAUAUUUUUUGGAGAAG